UCCACCUGGCUCUAAGCUGGAAAGCUCUGAUCCUUCCUGAUACAGAAAUUGUGAACACCGCAAUUCUCACAGGAAAAACUGUGGCAGUGCCCAUCAAAGUGGUCUCCAUUGAGGAGAACAGUGCUGUGACUGACAUCUCUGAAUCAGUUGAGUGCAAAUCCUCUGAUGAAGACGUCAUCAAAGUUUCUGAUAGAUGUGACUAUGUUUAUGUCAAUGGCAAAGAAAUGAAAGGCAAGGUGAAUGUGCUCGUGAACUUCACGUAUCAGUAUCUGAGCGCUCCUCUGCAAAUCACAGUCUGGGUCCCACGCCUGCCUCUUCAAAUAGACAUUUCGGACACAGAACUGAGCCAAAUAAAAGGCUGGCGAGUCCCCGUGGUUUCCAACAAAAGACCCACCAGAGACAGUGAUGAUGAAGAUGAAGAUGAACGGAAAGGAAGAGGAUGCACUCUCCAGUACCAGCAUGCCAGUGUGCGAGUCCUGACACAGUUUGUAGCUGAGGAUUCUAGCCCUUGGGGUCAGCUGAGCUACCUGCUGGGCUCGGAUUGGCAGUUUGACAUUACAGACCUCGUAAUGGAUUUUAUGAAGCUGGAAGAACCUCACAUUGCCAAGCUGCAAGAAGGAAGGAUUUUAAUCGGACGGGAAGUAGGAAUGACAACAAUGCAGGUUUUGUCUCCUCUGUCUGACUCCAUCCUGGCAGAGAAGACAGUGACUGUUCUAGAUGACAAAGUGACCAUAACAGACCUUGGAGUCCAGAUGGUGGCUGGGCUUUCACUCUUUCUUCAGCCAAGCGCAGCAAGUAGUCGUGCAAUUGUGGCUACAACUGUUGCUCAAGAGCUACUUCACACUCCUAAGCAGGAAGCUGUGGUAAGCACCUGGAUUCAGUUCAGUGACAGCUCUGUUACUCCGUUGGACAUUUAUGACUCUAAGGACUUCUCUCUUUCUGCUGUAUCAUUAGAUGAAGCUGUUGUCUCGGUCCAUCAGAAUGCUGCCUUGAAAUGGCCGGUUGUGGCAGCAGAAGGUGAAGGUCAGGGCACCUUAGUCAAGGUGGACAUGAUGAUUUCUGAAGCCUGCCAGAAGUCUAAGAGGAAAAGUAUCCUGGCUGUGGGGAAUGGCAACAUCAAAGUCAAGUUUGGCCAGAAUGAUGCAGACUCUGAUACAGGUGGAGAUUACGAUGGUGAGGAGAUUGAAAACCAUGCCAGCGACCGCCGGCACAAAGCACCUGACCAGGAGCGUUAUGGCCAGGAGGGACGGUAUUAUGGUGGCUCUUCAGCAGAGCGAGAGGAAAGCACCAUCAGGAAAGUCGGCACCACAGCAAAAUCUGUAAUAAAAAAUAAAGUGAUUAAAAACAACAAGCUGGAUGGUGGCAAACUCUCGGAUGAUAGCCAGCUGCAGAACAUUCCCAUAGACUUCACCAACUUCCCUGCUCAAGUAGAUCUCCCAAAAGGCAACGCAGGCAUGGAGGAAAAUGAUCUGGUGCAGACACCUCGGGGCCUUAGUGAUCUGGAGAUUGGGAUGUAUGCUCUGCUAGGGGUCUUCUGCCUGGCAAUUCUAGUCUUCCUAAUAAACUGUGCAACAUUUGCACUUAAGUACCGUCACAAGCAGGUUCUGGUGGAAGGACAGACCACUAUGACCCAUUCCCACGACUGGGUCUGGCUGGGAAAUGAAGCAGAACUGCUGGAGAACACAGCAGAUGCAUUGCCUCAGCAGGAUGAACACACAACUAUUAUUGACCGAGGGACGGGUUGUGAGGAGAGCAACCAGCUCCUCAAUGGCAGUGCUCAGAAGAACAUUCAGAGCCAGAUUCACAGGAGUGCUGACUCAGGGGGCAAGGUCGUAAAGGAACAGAAAUCCGAACCUUUACAUUCGCCAACUUCUAAAAGGAAGCGGGUAAAAUUCACAACAUUCACCACCAUCCCACCCGACGACGGUUGUCCGACUGUCAAUUCAAUCCUAAGUAGCAAUGACGAUGACAUUAAGUGGGUGUGCCAGGAUAUGGACCUGGGGGACUCCAAAGAGAUAAGAAACUACAUGGAGAAGCUCAAAGAUAAAGUGUAGCUCCUUGCUGGGAUUUAUUAUU